UUUCUCCGGUAGUUUGUUUAUCUAAGUGUGCUGUUUUUUGUUUAAACAUACGCGGGAGACUUUAUUUCUCCCUUCUUUUUCUUUUGUAACUUAAUGUAGCUUUGUAGCUAACUUAGUCGCUAACAUGAAUGUAAGUUAGCUUGUUUGCAGCAGGACUGGUCAGCUGACCUGUAUAUUGACAAAGAGGGUGCUAUAUCUUCGCAGUGGAGCACACCGUAGUUUUAUUCAUCUGUUGCCAGCUCGGACUGAAUCAACGUGAUUCGGGGCGUUGCUUUUGGACACCGUCAGAGCUCGGCCAGCCUAUCCCGGGGUCUCUACCCGUGACACACUCAAAUUCCUUAUUUUUGUAACUUGUAGCUUACGUCUGCUUUUGAACAUUUGCGGUUUGAUCAGCAGGGAGUCUGUUUUACAUUGCCCGACUAUGUGAGCAGUCUUUUCGGACCCCUGAUUAACUCGUGACCCUUCGCUGUAGGACGACGCAGGGGCUCUCUAUGACAAAACGUUCACCCCCAGACCAGCCGACCGAGGACCGAGGAGAGCUAUCGGCCCGUCCGUUCUGUUUUACCCUUGGACGCUCACAUAUGGCUCUGUCUACGCCCAUUUGAACAGCCCAGAGAUCCGGCGAGAGGCGAGAGGGAGGCAGGCACCAGAGAGGCAUCGCUGACAUGAAAAUGAGAUGAGGCUCAGAAAUGGUACUGUGGCCACGGCGAUUAUCUUCUUCACGUCCUUCCUGAGCCUGUCCUGGUACACAGCGUGGCAGAAUGGCAAAGAAAAGCUGAUAGCAUACCAGAGGGAGUUUCAUGCUUUGAAAGAGCGCCUACGUGUGGCUGAACAUAGGACACUGCAGCGCUCAUCUGAACUUAACAACAUCUUGGAGCAGUUCAGACGGGCCAUAGCUGAGACCAACAAUAGCAAAGAUGCCCUCACCAACUUCUCUGAUGAAACUCAGAAACUACUAAAGGAACUUGCAAACCGAAAACCAUUGCAGAUUCCAAAUAUUUACCACCAUCUGCCUCAUCUCCUGAACAAUGAAGGCAGCCUGCAUCCUGCAGUGCAGGUUGGCCUUGGACGCACUGGAGUUACCAUGGUAAUGGGAAUCCCUACAGUUAAAAGGAAAGUGAAAUCCUAUCUGUCUGAGACACUGCGGUCCCUAAUAGACAAGUUGUCCCCAGAGGAAAAACUUGACUGUGUAAUUAUCGUGUACGUUGGUGAGACUGAUGUUGAUUAUGUUAACAGCGUUGUUGCUGGCCUUGAGAAAGAGUUUUCUACAGAGCUGAGCUCAGGUUUACUGGAGGUGAUCUCUCCUCCAGCUGCUUAUUACCCUGACCUCACUACCCUCAAAGAGACAUUUGGAGACUCCAAAGAGCGUGUCAGAUGGAGAACCAAGCAGAACUUGGACUAUUCUUUCCUCAUGAUGUAUGCUGUGAGCAAAGGAGUUUACUAUGUCCAGUUGGAGGAUGACAUUGUGGCUAAACCUAACUAUUUUGCCACUAUGAAGAACUUUGCCCUGCAGCUCUCAUCUGAAGACUGGAUGAUUCUGGAGUUCUCUCAGCUGGGCUUCAUUGGGAAAAUGUUCCAGGCUCCAGAUCUAAACCUUAUAGUGGAGUUUAUAUUUAUGUUUUACAAAGAAAAGCCUAUAGACUGGUUGCUAGACCAUAUUCUUUGGGUCAAAGUCUGCAAUCCAGAGAAAGAUGCGAAACACUGUGAAAGACAAAAGUCCAGCCUUCGGAUACGGUUUCGACCCUCACUUUUUCAACACGUGGGACUUCAUUCCUCUCUGGCUGGAAAAAUCCAAAAGCUCACUGACAAGGACUUCUUAAAACCUUUGCUUCACAAGAUGCACAUCAACCCCCCUGCAGAGGUUUCCACUUCAAUGAAGGUGUAUCAAGGUCAUACUCUGGAAAAAACAUACUUGGGAGAAGACUUUUUCUGGGCCAUAACUCCUACAGCAGGAGACUACGUUCUGUUCAAAUUUGACCGACCUGUCAGCAUAGAGAGGUAUAUUAAAUUUUUUCAGAAUUGCAUUUGUGUCUGAGAAUAGAAACUGAUA